CAUGAGCUCGUCACCAGAGCCCGUUUCCUUCUCGGAGCCUGCUUUGGCGCCGGCUGCUGCGGCUGCCUCCUCGUCCACUGCCACUGCCACGGCGCCGCCGUCGUCGUCGUCGUCGUCCGACCCAGCGUCGUCCAAGACACACAGGCAGCCUCACCACAGCCGAACGCCGUCGGUCGGAGGUGCCUCGCGCGGUGGAUCCGGAUCCUCGUCCUCAUCCAAUGCACAGCGAUCAUCAUCAUCGUCGUCGUCGUCGUCGUCGUCCAGACAAAAGCCCGCGGCAGGUGCGUCUGCUGCAGACGAUGCGGGUGCAGACAACUUGGGCGCAAAUGUUCGACCACCCUUCAACUGGCCGAUCAAGUACAAAAACACACUGCCAGAUGUGCCGUUCGACCCCAAGCUCUUGUACUACCAACUGGACCCGAUGCGAUCCAUCCAAUACGCCACAACCUCACUGGAGCGCCAGUUCAAGUUUGACAUUCUCACGGAAGCCAAUCUGAGCAUCCCGAUCGACUUGAUAGAUCCUGACCGUUACAAAAUCCCGUUUGGUCAGACAGCUCAGCUCAGCGCUGUUGAUCAAACCCUUCUGUCAGACGAGCCACUUUCCACGGUCAUGGAUCCCAAGAAGAAAGCGCGAUUGGAAGCCGAGAAUGUUGCAUGGCUGCGUGCUACGCAGUACAUUUCCGCCGAACAAGACAAGCCCCUUGAGCCGAAAGAAAACCUCGAGCGCAGGAUUGGUGUUCUUGUGCAGGAUGUCAUUACUCAAGGAUUGCGGCAGGACCGUGCGAGCCAAAUUCGCGCCAUUCAAGAAACGUUCGACCAUGCCAAGCGCCCGAUCAUCACCCACCCAAACCAUCCAAACCUGACGGCAAUCAGCGUGCAACCAAUCUUCCCGUACCCGCAUCACCUCGAGCAGCUGGCCCAGAUUUCCUUCGACAGCGCGCCUGCCAACAAGCCCAUCGGCUCAAAACUCGAGGACAGCGAUUUCGUUGCCAUGUCGGCCGGCAUGCUCAAGGCCACACGCCCAGGCGUGAUGACGUACUUCCUUCCCGCUUCGACCGAGGUUGUUCGCAAGCGGCGGCGGCUUGAGUCGGGCGAGGACCAGGCUGCCACCCUUGAAUUUGCCUCUGUGCGCGAGUACACGUUUCAAGUGCCGAAAGGCACAACCACCGAGGACAACUUUGUCUUUAUGGAGAUGGGCGGUCAAGUGCUGUACGCCCCGAUUGGUCGUCGCUGGAAUAUGACACGCCGUCGCGCGCGCUCUGCCAAGCACGAGCUCGAGCACCCAGAGGCGCCUCGGCCCUCCGGGCUUAUGCUCGUGGUUGACCCGCAAUACACUGGACGCGCCGUGCGACCACGCGAAGACGAUGAUUUGGAACCGGAGGGCGAUCGAUACAGCUCUGCCUCGCAACCGCGCUCGCGCAGCCCGCGACUCGGCGGCCUGUUUGGCAGCGACAGCGAGGGAGAAGAUCAACAGUUGUCGCUUGGUCGUGACGAUGAAGAUUAAAAGUACUGUCAUGUUGUUGUUUUUGGUUGUUUUCAAAAUUUUAGUGAUUUCCCCCC